ACUGGAGAAGAAGAAGAAGAAAGAAAAAAUACUAUUUCCGGUGCCGCAAGCAUUGAGCAACAACCUCAGAAGUAAUUUAGCUCUCAUGGGAGCACAUGAAGAGGACUCUGUGCUGCUGCAGACAUUGACAAGGCCGGCAGUUCUUCCACAAGAACAUGGAGAAGAUGUCACGUGUUACCACAGCCCACAGCAGCAGUGCCAUCAGUUGCCGAACUAUGUUCUGCCAUUUGGACGCUCCUGCCAACGCCAUCAGCGUGUGCCGGGAUGCCACGCAGGUGGUGGUAGCUGGCCGCAACAUCUUCAAGAUCUAUGCACUGGAGGAGGAACAGUUUGUGGAGAAGCUGAAUCUACGUGUUGGCCGCAAACCCUCACUCAACUUUAGCUGCGCAGAUGUCAUGUGGCACCAGAUGGAAGAGAACCUGUUGGCCACUGCUGCCACCAAUGGGGCAGUGGUCACCUGGAACCUGGGAAAACCCUCUCGUAACAAGCAGGACCAGCUGUUUACAGAACACAAACGCACUGUCAACAAGGUGUGCUUCCACCCCUCAGAGGUUUAUAUGCUGCUAAGUGGAUCGCAGGAUGGCUUCAUGAAGUGCUUCGACCUGCGCAAGAAAGAGUCGGUCAGCACUUUCUCAGGUCAGUCAGAGAGUGUAAGGGAUGUCCAGUUCAGCAUUAAGGAUUAUUUCACAUUUGCUGCAACCUUUGAGAAUGGCAACGUCCAGGUGUGGGACAUCAGGCGCCCAGACCGCUAUGAGCGAAUGUUCACUGCCCAUACUGGCCCGGUGUUCUGCUGCGACUGGCACCCUGAUGACAGGGGAUGGCUGGCGACAGGGGGAAGGGACAAGAUGGUGAAAGUGUGGGACAUGACCACAACCCGGGCCAAGGAGAUUUAUUGUGUCCAGACGAUCGCCUCAGUGGCGCGGGUUAAGUGGCGGCCUGAGAAGAAGUUUCAUUUAGCCACCUGUUCCAUGAUGGUGGAUCACAACAUCUACGUGUGGGAUGUCCGCAGACCUUUCAUUCCCUUCGCCACAUUUGAGGAACACAAGGAUGUGACCACUGGUAUUGUGUGGCGCCACCAGCAUGACCCUCAUUUUCUGCUCUCUGGCUCUAAAGACAGCACACUCUACCAACACAUGUUCAAGGACGCAACUCGUCCCGUGGACAAGGCCAACCCAGAGGGUCUGUGCUUUGGACUGUUUGGGGACUUGGCCUUUGCAGCCAAGGAGAGUCUGAUCAGCAGUGACGCCAACAGAAAGCCUUACCCUGGAGGCGACCGACGCUACCCCAUCUUUUUCUUCAAAAAGCCCGACCCAACAGAACAGUUUGCCCAUGUGUCCAGCGCCCUUAGUGUCUUUGAAACAGACUUGGACAGUAACUGCAUGGACUGGUUUGUCAAGACAGCACAACUUUACCUCCUCUGUGGGAAGCCGUUUGCAGAGCUGUGUGAUCACAAUGCCAAGGUGGCCCGGGAGCUCAAAAGACCUCAGGUUUCCACAACAUGGACCAUGUUAAGAAUUAUGUUUUCUGACCCAGCAAACCUCACAACGCCCGGUCUAAACCACAGCCUCAGUAAACUGGGCACCUUGCCUUUAAUGAACAGUUUCAACAUGAAGGAAAUUAGUUCAGGGAUUGGCACAGAGAGUAGACUGGAGCGCAGUAAAGGUGAGAGCAGGCAGGACAACCUCCACCUGGAGCCUGGGACCUUGCACAUCAGCAAUAAUAAUGAAGAAAAUGAGGAGACGGAGGGCAGCGAAGGCCAGGCUGAGUACAUGUUCGGGGAUGCUGAGUUAGAUGACGAUGACCUCUACUCUAUGGAGCAGGAAAACCAAACAGAAGAGCAGGAGUACAUGCUGCCCCAGGAGGCCUUCCAACUGCGCCACGAGAUCAUGGAUAACCCGUCUGCUCCAGAGCACCUUCAACAGGACAAGGCCGACUCCCCGCACGUCAGCGGCAACGAGGCAGAAGUCACUUGUCUGACGCCCAUCGAGUCCUUCUCCCUCAUCUCCAUUUCCCAACCGCUGUUUAGCCCACAUUUACCUGCCAGCUUCUUCUGUCCCAUUGUGCGGGAGAUGCUGAGCUACUACGCCGAGCAGGGCGACGUGCAGAUGGCCGUGUCUGUGCUUAUCGUCUUGGGGGAAAGGAUCCGUAAAGAGAUUGAUGACCUAACCCAGGAGCACUGGUACAUGUCCUACAUAGACCUGCUGCAACGAUUUGAGUUGUGGAAUGUGUCUAAUGAGGUCAUCAAGUUGAGUACGUGCAGCGCCAUCACCUGCCUGAACCAGGCGUCUACAACACUUCAUAUCAACUGCAGCAACUGCAAGCGGCCAAUGAGUAACAAGGGCUGGAUUUGUGACAGGUGCCACCAGUGUGCCAGUGUAUGUGCAGUGUGCCACCACGUGGUGAAGGGACUGUUUGUGUGGUGUCAGGGCUGCAGCCACGGUGGACAUCUGGAGCACAUCAUGAACUGGCUCAAGAGCAGCGCCCACUGCCCUGCUGGCUGCGGCCACCUGUGUGAGUACACCUGAGGCCAUCAUGACCACUGUUCACACGGCCGAUGCUCUGUGGGACAACAAGUCGCCACACCAGCCUGGAUCACACAAAAAGCACAUUCCUCCACAUGGGCCUGGAGUCUCUCAUCACUAUGGGUAGAAGGACGGAUGUGUGUACGUGUAUUUGAAGAAGAAUUAGUAAAAGGUCUGAUGCCGUCCAAAGGAGGAAGAGGAUUAUAUGCGCUCUCCUGGGCAGCCAUUCAAGAGCAAACACAUACAUAUUUGAAUUGGUGAUUAUGAGCCAAUGGUGGAUUUGCAUAUAAGCAAACAGAUAUUCACAGAAUAUAACUAUAUUUUUGUUAAUUCACACUUGCUGCAUUUUGCAUUGUUUUUAAACCCCUCAGUAAAAUCCUGAAGGCUGUACAGGAAGAAUUGUUUGUGGAUUGUUAAUGUGUAUACAUAAUGCUAUAUCUUAUUUUGAAGGACUGUAGAUAAUGUUUAAAUAAUUUAUAUGAGAAAUGGCUAUUCAGACAAUACAUUAAAGCAAUACACUUGAACUUGAA